CUGAAAUCAUGACAUCUCGUUGUGUCAAUGUCAAAUAAAAGCUAACAAAAUUGUGAAUGUUCCAUGAAGAUUCGGAGUGGAAUUGUUUGAUAAAUUAGUAUAAGUUAUUACUAUACCUUCGUCACAAAUAUAACUAAAGUACAAAAAUGCUAAAGGGUGUAAGUCUGGUAACGGGUGGAGCUUCAGGUCUAGGGAAGGCUACAGUGGAAAGAUUUGUGAAAAAUGGCGGCAAAGUUGUUAUUCUCGAUGUACAAGGCACAAGAGCGCAGCAGGUGGCUCAGGAACUUGGUGACAAUGUUGUUGUGGCUAAAGGAUGUGUAACCUCAGAAGCUGAUGUUAAGAAAGCUUUAGACAUUGUAAAAGACAAGUUUGGACGGCUAGACAACCUCGUCAACUGCGCUGGACAGUCGACAAGUCAUCAAGUGUAUAACUUCCACAAAGACAAGCCGUGUGAGAUGGUUGACUUUAUUAGGUGUAUCAAUGUAAACACAGUAGGCACAUUCAACACGAUACGUUUAGCCGCAGGUUUAAUAGGCAAGAAUAAGCCAGAUGAGAAUGGGCAGAGAGGGGUUAUAGUGAACACAGCGUCCACAAUCGCGUACGAAGGGGACAUUGGACAGGCUGGGUAUGCUGCGUCAUCAGCUGCUGUGGUUGGCAUGACUCUGCCCAUAGCUAGAGAUCUGGCGUCACAAGGGAUUAGAGUCGUUACUAUAGCUCCAGGUCUCUUCGACACUCCUCUCCUGUCAUACUUACCAGAGAAGAUGAUUGAGUUCCUAAAACGUAUGACGCCAUUCCCCUCUCGGUUGGGUAAGCCUGAGGAGUUUGCGCAGCUAGUCACCAGCAUAGUGGAGAACCCCAUGCUCAAUGGUGAGGUCAUACGGUUAGAUGGUGCACAAAGAUGGUUCCCGCUGUAGAGUAGAUUAGUUUAGAAAAUAAGACUGUUAAUAAAUAUGUAGAUACUG